CGAUUUUGCCGCCUUGACGCCCGCCGACUUUAUAUUCCGUUUUCCAAGCGCACUCUCAUAUGUUUUUCUGUGCCAUCUCGGGUGAACCCCCGCAAGAACCUGUCGUUUCGGCAAAGUCUGGCAAAGUCUAUGAAAGGCGUCUCAUCGUCAAAUACAUUAGCGAGAACGGCACAGACCCAAUCACAGGCGACAAGCUCGAGGAAUCCGAUCUCAUUGCAAUAAAAGCUAGCCCAGACACAGCCGCACCUCGUCCUCCGACGCACACCUCGAUCCCUGCACUUCUACAUCUCCUUCAAAACGAGUGGGACGCUCUUGUGCUUGGUACCCAUGCCCUUGAGCAAAAAUAUAACGCGACGCGCCAAGAACUAAGCUAUGCUUUGUAUUCCCAAGAUGCCGCAAGUCGAGUCGUCGCCCGUUUGAUUCGCGAACGCGAUGCUGCCAGAGAAGCUCUGGCAAACGUACAAGCGACGCUCGGCGUUGCCCAGCCCGCAAAUGAAGACGUUGAAAUGGCUGAGAAUGCUGCUGGGGAGGACACACUUCCUACCAAUAUCAUCUCACAAAUUGAUGAAACUCACCAAGCGCUUUCCGCCGCACGCAAGAAACGCAAACCACCUACUGAUUAUGCCACCGCCGUUGAAGUCAAAACUUACGUGUCGACUCAUACGAUUCCAUCCCUUCAUUCUGCGUCGCCGUCAGGAAUUACGUCGUUAGCCGUCUCUCGCCUCAAUCCGUCACACUUCUUGACUGGCGGAAACGACAAGAUAGUGCAGGUGUAUGACCGAAGUACUGAUAAGGUUUUGGCUUCGCUAAAGGGUCACUCAAAAAAGGUCAACCACGUUGCCUUCCGGGAGCGUGAGAGCGACGCAACGUUAGUGAUUUCUGCUGGAGCGGACAAAAUUGUUAAGAUUUGGGCGCACGACUCUGCCUCAGGAGAGUACAUUCCCAAAUCAACUAUCAGGUCGCACAAGGGCGAGCUUACCGGACUGGCUGUGCACCCUACUUCGACCAUACUUACACUAUGCUCCACCGACAAAACGUAUUCACUCCACGAUCUCUCCUCAUUUACACAAGUCUUCCGAUCCAUUCCUUCAGAAGAAGCUUUCACAUCCCUUGCUGUCCAUCCCGAUGGUACCCUCCUCGCGCUCGGUACCCCGACGUCCACAAUUCAAAUAUUCGAUAUUCGCACCGGCGCCAUGGCUGCGACUUUAUCAUCCGCUGAUGCUGCCCCGUUCACCGUCAACUCUUUGACUUUUUCAGAGAAUGGGUAUCACCUUCUGGCCCCCAAUUCGCUCUCUUCAGUUGCCAUAUGGGAUUUGCGCAAGCAGAAAGCUACACACUCUAUUUCUUUAGGUGACGACUUCAAGGUGAACAAGGUUGUAUAUGAUACGAGUGCCCAGUACUUCGGUGUUGCAGGAAGUUUAGGUGCCAGGAUCUUCGCACACAAGACUUGGGAUGAACUUCUCAGACUAGACGAAGGAGGUGAGGUGUCGGACCUCGUUUUCGGGGAGCAAGGAAAAGAGAUAUGGGGGGCGAGUGGAAGGGAGGUCCGCAUCUGGGGUUUACCUUCUACUUAGUUUUUGAGCUAUCGAUAUCCCCUUGAUUCUUGAUAUAUAUAUGUAUUGCAGCUCUCCGAAUAACUGAUAAAUGAU